AGUCUACUACGGGGGGCAUGCCAACAGUUUUCUCAUACUCCCCUCUCUCAGUUAGUUCAAGUAGCCUUAAAACAACGCAGUUCUUUACAGACGAUUGCAUUGAAUUCAUGUAACUUCUUACAGUCUACGUGUGAUCAAAUAACACAACGCAUCGAAAAAGAAUACUGUUGCUUAUUUAUAAGACGUUUUUUUCUGGAUGCUGGCGCUGGCGUUUCCUCCAGCUGUCUGUGAAGUGAGUGACGCGUGACUGUUACUCGUAUAAUAUGGCAAGCUGCAAAAUGUGAGCGUCUGUCCACGCCAGUGUAUUGAAUGAAGAGGAUGACACCUCGUGCACUGCCGCGCGACUCCAGAAAGUUGGGACCUCAACACGGGAGCAUCUCGAGGUGCUUUGGACAAUAGAUACGUCAAGUCGAGCCUCCGAAACCCGUCGUUUAGUUGGUCAAAAAAGGAGGAAUAUUUACUAAUGCCGGGGAAGCUGUUCAAGUGGUGAUCCUGUUCAUAAAAGUGGGAUUUUAGAGUUGGAAACGUAUAUUGGCUUGGUUACAUUAGAUGUCUCCGAUCAUUACAACUGUUGUAAAGGUUUCUACUUCCUGUGAUAUAAUCACACCAUGCCUGAGGGGGCGGGCCGCGACAGCAAGAAAAGAAACAGCAACCAAGUUGCCAAGCGUCCCUCCUCCGUGUCCUCGCUGAGUGGGAUCGUGAGCCGUAUGGCCUCCUCUGGGGGUGCGUCCCGCGGGAGCUGCACUUCUGUGAACACGGUGUGCUCCGACAGCGACCGCGGUGCCAGUCUUAGCUCCUCUGCCUCAUCUGCCUCACUGCAGGAUGGACACUCCUCGUCCUCAUCCUCGUCGCUCCCCUACGGGGCAGUGCCGUCUUACCCUGGCCCUCAGCGUAAUGGCUCCGACAUCAGUCUAGAUCUUACGCCUCUCUCCCUAACGGGAACCGGUCCACUUCCUGCCUCAACAUCACCGAUGCCCAAACUCUCUCGCCUGGAGCGUGUGGCACUGGAGAUAGUGGAAACCGAGCAGGCCUAUGUGAGGGACCUCAAGAGCAUCGUGGAGGAUUAUCUUGGCUGCAUUAUCGACUGCGGUGACUUGCCUCUCAAACCCGAGGAGGUCAGCACCCUCUUCUGCAACAUUGAGGACAUCUAUGAGUUUAACAGUGACCUGUUGGAGGAUCUGGAGCGUAGUCCGCACGCCGCUGCCAUAGCAGAGUGCUUUGUGGAGAGGAGUGAAGCUUUUGACAUUUACACCAUAUACUGCAUGAAUUACCCCAACUCGGUCACCGUCCUAAGGGACUGCAUGAAGAAUGAAAGCCUGGUGCGCUUCUUCCAGGAAAGGCAGGCCACCCUGUGCCACUCAUUGCCUCUGGAGACUUACCUGCUAAAGCCCGUGCAAAGGAUUCUUAAGUACCACCUCCUACUGCAGGAGCUGUCCAAACAUUUUGAUAAAAGUGAUCCGGGGUAUGAGGUGGUGGAGGAUGCCAUUAUUACCAUGACAGCAGUGGCUUGGUACAUCAAUGACAUGAAGAGAAAACAGGAGCAUGCGGUCAGACUGCAGGAAAUUGAGAGUUUGUUACUGAACUGGACUGGUCCUGAUCUCAGCGGGUUUGGUGAACUCGUUCUUGAAGGCUCCUUUCGGGUUCAACGGGUGAAGAAGGAAAGAGCGUUUUUUCUUUUUGACAAAAUGCUUCUCAUUGCCAAAAAGAGGCUGGAUCAUUUCAUUUACAGUACUCACAUCUUUUGCUGUAAUCUGCUCCUCGUGGAAAACAUGAAGGAUCCUCUGUGUUUUAAGGUGUCAGACCAGACAAUCCCAAAACAGCAACACAUUGUUCAGGCUAAAAACCAGGAGGAGAAGCGGUUGUGGCUGCACUACCUCAAGAGGAUGAUAGUGGAGAACCAUCCUGCAUCCUUACCACAAAAAGCAAGGCAGGUUCUCGGUGACAGCUUCUGUCAGUCACCACAGUUUGAUCAAGAGCCAAUAAGAAAGCCAAUGCCUUCUCCAAGAAUGGAUGAUAUUCAUAACUACCACAGGGGAAGAAGGCAAUCAGAACCACCAGAAUUCAUGUACACCCCGGAGAAAGCCAGAAAAUGCCUUCCACUCCUCUUAGAGGGCAAUCUGACAUACAAGCGUGGGAGGAGACAGUCUGCCCCUGCCAAGGAUAUAGAAUCUGCAUUUCAGCAAAGUGUUUCUUUGAAGACUGGGAGUGAAGGAGAGUUAUGCCCACAGGCUGACAGCAUUGGCUCCUCGGGCAGUACCAGUACUUUGGCAUCCUCCGUCAUUGAAGUUGAAUUUGCUCGGGAUGAUCUGACCUUAUGUCAAGAUGAAGAUGAUUUGACCCCACUUCCUCCACCACCAACACUUUCAAUUACUGAGGAAAUCAUGCAAUUCAUUAACGAGAGCCGUCUUCGAGAAGGCAUGGCACAGUUAACGUCAGACAUGUGCCAGUCGAUUCCAGAGUCCUUGGAUGUCCAGCCAUUGGAGGCACAGCAGUUGGAUGAAGUUAAACCACUUGCAACGGAGUUGGAUGAAGAAAAGCAGCAGAUGAAUAAUCCCAAAAGUACAGAGAUCGAAAAAACUCCUUUAGUGGAUGGGUCAGACAAAAACAAGGACAGCCAUUCAUCCUGUGAAGCAAUUGAUUCUCCACCAGAGGACAUUGAGAGACCAUCAUCACAGUUGCAUACCUUCACAGAGGUCAAUCAGUCAGAAGAACUGACAUACUCAGAGCUCAAUCAUAGUGAUUCAUCCAAACCAGAGAUGGUUAUGCACAUAAAUGAACAAGAGUGUGAAGACACUGAGGACAAUUUUACUAAAAAGCAAGAGUCUCACCAAUCAGAUAUUACAGACAAAGCCAAUGAUAGUGCAUUAUGUGAGGCAAAGUCAGCUUCGAAACCACCUGACAGCUCUCUUGUCCCCAAAGUUGAAACUGAGCAAAAGUUGACCAAAAGUGACAGGCAGAUUAUUGAGAAGAUACGUAGCUAUUAUGAGGCAGCAGAAGCGGGUAUAGAAGAGAGUCAGGCAGCACGUAGGAACAGCUUCUCUCAUAUUCCUACAGGUUUGGUAAAGGAUUCUGUGUCUCGUUUUAAUGUUUCUGUCCACCAAGAGAGCCUGGUGGACUCUGAAAAUGGACACACUGACUGUGCUGAAAAUGAUUCACCAUCUUCACUACUUCCAAAGUCAAACCAAACCGAACAGCUUCCUAGUCAUCAGGAAUCGGCUGAUAGAGCCUCCCCUUUAUCUAUUUUGGAUGUUAGACAAGAGCAAAAGGAAGAAUUAGAUUGCAAGUCAGCAACUGAAAUGGAAGAAAAGAGUUGUGAAUUUACUCCUUGCAUGAAUCUUUGGAAGGAGAAAGAGAGAAUGGUUCAAGAGUCUCAGAUGAAUCCAACAGUACCUUUCCUGAAGGAGAACAAUUCUGUUUUGCCUACAAAAACAGAAGAGACAUCCAUAAAUGAUAUGAAUUUAGUACAACAGUCUGAACUGUCACUGUGCGAUAAAGAUACUUCACAUCAAUCAAAUCUGCAGACAUCAGAAAAACCUGAUACAUCUCAUCAGUUAGCUGGUAGAACAAGAUCUAGGAUGUCUCCUAACGGAAGCCUGGAUAGCCUUCCCAGUCAGAUUAAAGUUGGCAGAUGGUCUCGUCAUGGCAAGAUGGUUUCAUGUACCAGUACUCUUUAUGAGGGAAUGGCAGAGGUUCCAGAUUUAGGAUUUUCUGAGGGUGAACCAGUCAACCAGUGUUUGGUAGAGAACUCUGAAAAGAUUCUGAAUAAAGUUCAAAUGCUUGCACGCAUGUACACCGCCAAGGCAAGUAGCAUGAAGGUACCAUUACAUCAGAAGAGAACACGAACAAGUAGGGGAACAUGGUCAGUAGAGGGAAAAGCAAGCACUCCAGCAAAGUCUCAGCUAGAGCUGCACCAGGGCAAUGUGAGAAUACUAAAUCAACCCACAGAUCUUAUAGAAUCAUCAGUACCGACAUUUUCUGAAUCUCUUGGACACAUCAUUGUAAGGGAACAACUUUCUAAAACAUAUCAUCAAGAAAAUGACUGCAAUCUGAUUGGGCCUCCAGAAGAGGUUUUAUCUGUUAAAUCUAAUUUACUAUCUACUGGUGAAUCUUCGGCUACUUUAGUUGAAAUGUUAGAAAGUAAAUCUGUUGCGGAAUCACAUGUCUCUCUGAUAUCAGACUACAGUGACAGCUCAUUAGAAAAACGUGAGUCUGUCCUAAUCGAAGCAGUUUUCCAAGAAGAGAACUCCUCAUCACCUCCAAAUUUUGAAACUCAGCACCAAGAUGAUACAGAAAUGGCAUUCAACCACUGCAGCUCACCAGUGGACCAACAUGCUGAUAACAUUCCACAUUUUGUUCAAGAGAACCAUUUAAAUGUUGGAGACAAAGACACUGAAAUUGAUUUAAUUGAAAAGGGACAGAUAUUGCAAGAGGAUACAUCUACUUUUGAGAGCAAUUCUGGUUCUACAAGUGUCCUUUUUGAGCAUUCAGGAGAUGUGACUCACAAUGUGGAGGAGAGAUCAAAAGAUUCAAUUGUCAAGCCUGGUGAAAGUAUACAAUUGAUCUUUCAAUCAUCAACAGAUAAUGAAGAAGUAGUGGUCGAUGUGUCCUCUGUACGUGAUGCAGAUAUAUGUCCUCCAUUGCUGUCAACAGCAUCCUUCGAUAACUGUGUUUCAACCACAAUGAUUAUAUCUGACAGAUCAGAGCAGAUAUAUCUUCAGGAAGAGUUGAAAGAGGAUACAACAAACUCCACACCAGUUGCACCUCUGUUAGGUUCUUGUGGCCAGGGUUGUACACUGGAUGUCGAAGACAAAGAAGACCUACGCAAUAUUUUAGACAUUUCAAGCUCAACCUCCACAUUCCCUCUAGAUGUACCUUUGGAUAAGCUUCCACAGUUUACUAGCCAAAGACCAUCUAAUCUACUAUCCGCAACAGGAAAGAGAAGUCCUGUUUCAUCUUCAGCCAUGGCUCCCCAAAGACUGCCACACUCCUUACUGCAGACUGAGGAACGGAAUCAGGAUGCUUCUGUACCUGAUAUUUACUCUCACAGACAAUCUUUCUCCCCGGGGCUUAAUGAUAAGUCACCCUUUGGCUGUGGACGUCUACUAGAUACAAAACCACCAUCUGCCUUCAGCCCCCAAAUGCGAAUGCGUUCACCCUCUCCUAUAAAGGGUGCCCAAAACUCCAGGCCUUCCUUAACACCCUCAGCUCUUAAAAAGUCUCUUGCUGCCUCUUGUAUCAGUCAGACAAUAUCUCAAAGCAUGGCCAAGAGGGGUGUAAAUCUCCAGACUGCUUCUCCACCUGUAAGCUCCCUAUCUCCCCUUCCCACCACACCAUUAAGACUGAGAUCACCAUCUCCUAAAUCUAUGACUUUGGAGUCGAGUCUGGAGCCAAAUCUUGGCUGUACUUUCAGCACCGGAUAUGGGAAUCAACCAACAAGGUCCUCUCCAUCCCCCUUCAGAUCAAACAGUCUUCGAUCUAGCCCAGCAACUAUUCAGUCUCCUCCUCCUUAUCGAAGUCAGCGAUCAGUAUCUCCGGCUCCUCCAGUAAGUCUCCAUUCACCGGUGUCUCCGGCACCUCCUGUUAGUCUCCAUUCACCGGUGUCUGCUAAAAGCCCUCGUGAACAGACUCCUUACACCAGCUUAAAUGGAAAUAACAACAAUAAUAAUGGUUUGAGUGAUAAUGGGUGGACCACUACCCACAAAAAAGCAGCACAUGCAAAUGUUGGUGAAUCCCAGCAUUACUUCCAAGAUCAUCAAAGAGCAACACUGCACAACAGGGUGGCUCGGCCUUUUCCAUCCUCUGAGCCUAGCUCUCGCGUGCAGUCGCCAUCUUCAAUUACCGGAAUUUGCUCCCCUCCACCUACCCAAAGCCAUACCAUUCACUUGGUAACAAAACCACCUAAUCCCAGAACCCCUAGACAAGGUGGAGCUGGCUUUUUUACCCCUCUUUGUCUGGAACUGUCAAGAUCGUCAUCCGUGUGUUCACUGUCUCCCUGUGGGAGUCCCAGAAUCACCUCUCCACCCCCUAUUGGCAUUCCUACAAGUGUCUUGGGCCUUGCUAACCCACAGCCAAAUAAUCCUUCAUUAACAAAUCCAUCUUCUCCAACAAAAGCAGAGUCAAGCUCUAUACCAAGAGGUAUCAGAAUCAUCUCUCCUAUUCCAUCAGGGCCAUCUUCAUGUUCCGCAACUGUUCCUCAGAACCAGAGGUGGCUAAGAGGAACCAGUUUGCCCUUGGGUGGUGAUAGAACUCCCAGUCCAGCUAGACCUGAGCGCAGAUCUUGGGCAGAAAGUGGACGAUGGUCAGUUGGUUCAGAGUCAGAGUUAACAAGUCCUCGUGGUGGUUUAUACAGUGGUAGCCCAUCCUCUGUAAGUCCUGGCCCCAUGUCACCUGUCAGAUCAACACCUGAAAGAACCAGUCAUGGUGUAAAACAUUUCACAAGCAUUGCCUGGCCAGAAGUACAUGAAUUGUUGACUAAAUAUAGCACAGAGCCUCAUGCUGAAACUGAUACCAUGCCCUACACGAACGCCGAGCAAGACAACAUAUCUUUAGAAGAAACUACAUGUCGGAGCACCCUCAUUUGUCCCUAUGUAGCUCAAACCAGCCCUGACUGUGAGAGAGACACUCCAAUUCAGUUCACAAAGGAGAACAAACUAGAGGACAAUGUUCCCAGUCAAGGAUCGAAAACAACAUUGAAAACUAGCUAUGCCACCACCGUCAACUUGCAGAUUGCUGGUAGUGGGAGAAUAGCAUCUUUUAGUAAUGCACAAGUCAGUCUGACUCAAACACUGACCCCUGUGACAGACAACCAGAACAGAAGAAGGGUCAGCAUCAAUAGCUGCAACUUCUCAAUGCAGAACUGCAAAAGGCUUUAAGGUGGUGUGCUACCAGGGACUAGUGCUUCAGUGACAGGUACUUUUUCUGGCACUUAAGCAUGUUGAGUCAGCAAUCCGGGACCACAAAUACGGUUAUAAGGAUGACAAAAUACGGGUCUCAGCCAGGUGACUUUGCUAUGGUCAGUGUUUUUUUUUUGUUUGUUUUGGUUUUUUUACAAGUGCUUUACUCGAAAUGGGACAAAUAUUAAGACUUAACCCAAAUUGUGUGUACCAGUGAAACAUCAAUAAAAUGUUUGUUUUAUUUGAUAGUGUAAUUUUAUUUUACUUGUUAAGAUGUUUAAGACUCUGUAAUAUGCAAAUGUAUUAUGAGUGAUUGAACCAAAGCCUCUGGCGUUAAAGGAUUUCAGUUGGAUGUGUUAUAUAUAGAGAACUCUUAUUUAUGAAGUAGAUGUUUUCUGGCACUUAAACUUUUAUUUCCGUUUUGCACAUUUUUCUCUAACGUGUUUCAGACGUGUCUGUAAAGUAGUGUGUUUCAGGCAAAACAUUCUCAUGCAUGUUAAAAUGUAAUUGAUUUUUAUUAAA